AUGGAGUCGAACAGGGACGAGGCGGAGCGGUGCAUCGGUAUUGCGCUGGCCGCCGCUAAGGCCAACCAGCCCGACAAGGCUCGCCGCUUCCUGGAGAAGGCGCAGCGCUUGUACCCCUCGCCACGAGUCCGCGUUCUGCUUGAAUCCCUCAACAAGAGCGAGCAGUCAGCCAAUGGCCACUCCCAGUCCAAGGAGUCCACAAACCCUCAGUUCAAGAAGAUGAGCGGAGACUUCCCCUCGGCCAACGGAGAGGCUGGUGGGGAGGCCCCCAAGGGCUACACUCAGGACCAGGUGGAUGCAGUGAGGAGGGUAAAGCAAUGCAAAGAUUACUAUGAAAUUCUGGGAGUAAACAGAGAAGCUUCUGAUGAGGACCUGAAAAAGGCUUACCGGAAACUCGCGCUAAAGUUUCACCCAGAUAAGAACCACGCACCAGGGGCUACAGAGGCGUUUAAAGCCAUCGGUAACGCGUACGCGGUGUUGAGCAACCCGGAGAAGAGGAAGCAGUAUGACCAGUUUGGGGAUGAGAAACUCAACCCUGCGCGGCAUGGACACAGCCACUCGGAUUUCCACCGCGGCUUUGAGGCGGACAUCUCACCGGAGGACCUCUUCAACAUGUUUUUUGGUGGUGGUUUUCCUUCUAGUAAUGUUCACGUCUACAGCAACGGCAGGAUGCGGUACACCUACCAUCAGCGGCAGGACAGGCGAGAGCAUCAGGGUGAUGGUGGCCUUGGCUUGUUUGUCCAGCUGAUGCCUAUCCUCAUCCUGAUCAUUGUGUCUGCUCUCAGCCAGAUGAUGGUCUCCAGCCCACCCUACAGUUUGAGCCAGAGGCCGUCUGUGGGUCACAUACACAGGAGAGUGACAGAGCACUUGAAAGUCCCCUACUACGUGUCGGAGAGCUUCACAGAGGAGUACACAGGCACGAACCUGAAGAACGUGGAGAGGAGCGUGGAGGACGACUACAUUGCGAACCUUCGAAAUAACUGCUGGAAAGAGAAGCAGCAGAAGGAAGGUUUGUUGUACCGGGCACGCUACUUCGGAGACUCGGACCUGUACCAGCGGGCACAGAAGAUGGGCACCCCCAGCUGCAGCAGGCUCUCAGACGUCCAAGCCUCUCUGCACGGAUAGUUGUCGCCGGCCCGCACA